AUGUCACAAAUACCAGUUGAUAUUGAAUCGAAUAGUAGUAGUAGCAAUUCAUCAUUGGAAUAUAUUGAUGCGGCAUCGGCAGAUGAUGAACCAGUCAUUCUGAAUGUCGGUGGUGUCAAGUACGAGGUUAGACCGAGUACACUUACACGUUAUCCACAGACACUCCUAGGUAAUCUGUUCCUUCGUGAGAACAAGCAUCUACGUCGUCCAGACAAGAAAGGUGAAUACUUUUUCGAUAGAAACGGUCGUGUCUUUGAGGUGAUACUCAACUUUUAUAGAACCGGAAAACUAGUCAUCCCAACAGAGAUCCCUCAAGAACUCAUCCAAGAGGAAUUGAAAUACUUUAAACUCGAUCACGACGAUCAAGAAAAUCAAGAAGAUGAAGAUGAGAAAAUCAUGAAACAACCAAGAGACCAAAUAUUUAAUUAUACAAAUAGUUUAAUUCAUAGUUCAAACAAAUACGAUAUUAAAAGAGGUUUAUAUUUUUUACAAAAAUUAAGCGAAUUGGAACCAAAUAGUUAUUUGUAUAAAUAUUCAAUAGCAUUUGCCUAUUAUAGAUUAAAGAAGAAUAAGGAGGGUGUAGAAGUGUUGGAAGAGAUUCUUCAGACCGACCCACACAACCCACAGGUCCGAUCUUUGUUGACUCUGUUUGACGACAACAGAAAAUACAAUGCCACCGUUGGUUUGGUCGCUGUAUCAUUAUUGAUUGUAGGAUUGUUUGGAUUUUGGCGAUUGAGAUCCUGGUUUAGAGCCGCUGCUCCAGUGGUUGCCUCCAGUACCUCACAGAUGGCAGUGGAGACAUUCAGAGCAACCUCUGGUGCUGCCGCUGCUUCGGUGCCACAAACAUUGGCUGCUGCCAACAUUGUUGUACCAGCAACUGUCUCUGUUUCAAAUGCAGUUGCCUCCACGGUUGCAUCUGUAUUGCCGGGUGCCGCCACCGCCGGUAAGGUGCUCGCUACUGGCUUGGUUGCCAACGAUUCCACCUCGGCCAUCCUCAUCGAUGCUGCCACCACAGCAGUCACCUCCACCACACCAGCAGUCACUUCUGUUGUUGCCGAAUCAAUCCCAACUGCCACCACCUCAUUCCUCGAAGCAAUGAACCAAUCUUUACCAUCAGCUGAUCAAUUUAAACAAACAUAA